AUGGGCUCAUUGCCAGAAACGGUCACAGAGAAAGCUUUGUUCUCAAACGAUCCUUAUGAGGUAGAUGAGACCAGCCUAAUGGUGAUUGCUGUCGUGAUGGAUUCCUUCACAGAUAUUGAUAUCUUCAGUGACCUGCAGGAUGCUUGUAACAACCACAAAGUCCCUGUCUAUAUCCUCCUCGACCAGGAAUUUCUACCCCACUUCUUGGAAAUGUGCAACAAUUUAGGAGUUUGUCCUGAGCAGGAAAGUCUGAUGAGAGUUCGAACUCUCACAGGGAACAUUUACUACCUGAGGUCAGGUGCCAAAAUUGUUGGGAAAGCCAAGGAGAAGUUCAUGUUAAUUGAUGGCAUUAGAGUGACAACAGGCUCAUACAGUUUCACAUGGUCUGAUGGGAAGCUGAACAGCAGCAACUUGCUGGUGUUGUCAGGCCAAGUGGUUGAACACUUUGACUUGCAAUUCAGGAUUCUUUAUGCCCAGUCGCUGCCCAUCAGCCCUAAGGGUCCAUCCAGCUGCAGGAACAGUGGGAUGUUCGAUCACCUGGUGACCAGACCAGAGUCCUCUAAAAAAUAUACUGUGGAAGGCAACCUGAGAGCAGAAUUUGCCAGAAUGUCUAGCACUCCAAAGAAAUUGUUGGAAGAACUAGAUCAGGCUGAAGAUAGCCAUGGAGGAAAACCUUGUAAUCUGGGGCAUUCUUGCCUCUGUGAAGAGGAGUCAUUCAGCAAUCAAGUGACCGUGGCAGAACGGAAAAGCUCAUCGACUCAAACUGACCCAUGGGACAAGACAGCUGCUGUGAACACCUGUAAUGCUGCCACACAGACCAGUGCUGCCAUGGCAGAAACUGGCACUCAGGCUUCUGUCACUGCGAGAGCCACGGGCACUCAGACGUCAGUUUUGCUGAAGACUGCAGUGACACAGACAAAGGAAGAGGAAGGCACAGAAACACCCCUACUUCAUAGAAAGUUUGCAAAAGAAGAAUAUUCUCUGACUGGAAAUGCUGUACCAAACUCUAGUCUGCGAUCACUGUCUUCAUCAUCGUCCCAGUGCUCUCUUGGAAGCUCAACAGGCUCACUGUCAUCUCUCCGGUCCUUUGAAUAUUCCAGCAGUCACAGGGCACAAUAUUUCCAAAAACUGCAUAAAGAGAGACAAUUCCACUACUCCACUAUCAGGUCGAAGCUGAGCCACAUGGUGGAUAUCCUCUCCCGGAGGGGCCGUGUGCCUGAGAGCUACAUGACCCAGUACACCGGCAGAUGCAACCUAAAGCAGAGGCGGGACAUCAGCGCCAGCCUGCGCAACCUCCGGGACGUCUCGCUCUUCUCCCUGAAUAAAUGAUUGCUGCACUGGCCACAGAGCACACAAGCUCCACUCUCAAGCUGCAGUCACUUUGUACCUGCUGAUUCUUCCACUUCCGUCCAGCAGUUUUACCUUUUUUAAUACACACGUACAUCACUCCCCAGCACUUUGGUUUAUACUGUGCAAUGUAAGUGAUAAAAAAAGAGGUAUUGUACACUAACUACUUACAUGUUCAUCUUGUGUGCAUUAGCAGUGAAGAUCAUUUUAAUUCCAGAUGCUUAGCCUGAAAAAUAAACUUGUUACUGCUUUCUAGGAUUGCUAAUGCUCUG